UGAGCUAUCUGUAUAUAUUAUUCAGUACCUGCACAGCUCCGCUUCAGUUCCCAAAGUGCUGGUUUUACAGCUGCAGCUAUUCUGCUUACUUCUGCAUGUAGAAAAGUUGUUAAUCGGUGUGAACGAGAUACAAAAAACGGGAUCCUUUAAGAAUUCAGCAGUUACAGAACCAAAUCCGACUGGAAAAAGAAGCAGACCAGUGGUGUCAUCAAAAACAAGCUAGUUUCCUCCAGAGUCUUCCCUUGUCCCCAACUUUUCUCCCUCCAUCUUCAUUCCAAGAACUGGAGUCCAGCCACAGUCCUUCUCCUGUGCAAAUGAGUGUUCUCAAUUCUCAUUCUGCUCCUGCCAUGCAGACAUCCAGUUCUUUCAACUAUGCCCGUCCAAAACAAUUUAUUGCUGCACAAAAUAUUAGCCCUGCUUCAAGCUAUGUAACACAGCCAUCUGGCUCUUCCACAUCUAGUCUCCCAUCCCCAAUGUCCCCAACUGCUUCUCAGAAGCAGUUUGGUAAAACAUCUGCCUACCCUUUCUCUCAGACAUUUGCUCCUGAGGAAGAGUAUCCGUGGUCUCCUUCCCCACCUCCUCCCCCUCCCCCUGUUUUUAGUCCUACAUCUACUUUUUCAGUGGCAGACUCCUUUCCACUGCCACCACCUCCACCUCCUCUGCCAGCUUCUGUCCCCUCACCUUCCCACAGUUUUUCUCCCACAUCCAGAUUGUCCAGCUCUAGUCAGUCUCCAGCAGCCUUUCUCAGCUCCAUGCUACCAUCUCAGCCACCUCCAAUGGCAGUUAAUGCACUAGGACUUCCCAAAAGUGUUACACCACCGGGAUUUCCAAAGAAAUCAGGCAGGACUGCCAGAAUUGCAUCUGAUGAAGAAAUUCAGGGCACAAAAGAUGCUGUUAUCCAAGACCUGGAAAGAAAACUUCGCUUCAAGGAAGAUCUCUUGAACAAUGGCCAACCAAAGUUAACAUAUGAGGAAAAGAUGGCUCGUCGAUUGUUGGGGGCUGACAAUGCUGCGACAGUCUUCAAUAUUCAAGAACCAGAAGAAGAACUUGCAGAGCAGGGAACUGGUUCUGUUGAUGCUUCUAUAGUGACUCAUGAGGCUGUGCAAAAGGAGUACAAGGUCUCCAGUUUUGAGCAGAGGCUGAUCAGUGAGAUUGAAUUUAGAUUGGAGAGAACUCCAGUAGAAGAGUCUGAUGAUGAAGUGGAACAUGGGAAAGAUGUUCUUGAUAGCAGCCUGGCCCCAUAUUUUGAGGCAAAGCUUAAACAUUACAAAAUAUUUGAAGGAAUGCCAGUCACUUUUAUAUGCAGAGUGUCUGGAAAUCCAAACCCAAAGAUCUAUUGGUUCAAAGAUGGAAAGCAAAUCUCUAAAAGGAAUGAGCAUUACCAGAUGCAAAGAGAACCUGAUGGGACCUGCUCUCUCCAUACCACUGCCUCCACCCUCGAUGAUGAUGGGAAUUAUACUGUUAUGGCUGCCAAUCCACAGGGGAGAAUAAGCUGUACAGGACGAUUGAUGGUCCAAGCUGUCAAUCAGAGGGGACGCAGCCCCAGGACACCUCCUACCCAGCCUCAUAUCAGAAGACCACGGUCUCGAUCAAGGGAUAGUGGAGAUGAAAAUGAACCAAUCCAGGAACGCUUCUUCCGACCACAUUUCCUGCAGGCUCCAGGAGAUCUGAUAAUUCAAGAAGGAAAACUUUGUAGAAUGGAUUGCAAGGUCAGUGGCUUGCCAACUCCUGAUAUCAACUGGCAACUUAAUGGAAGAGUAAUACGAUCUGAUAAUUCCCACAAAAUGCUUGUACGGGAAAAUGGUAUACACUCCUUAAUCAUAGAGCCAGUCACAGCAAGAGAUGCUGGCAUCUAUACAUGUAUUGCCACUAAUCGAGCUGGCCAGAACACUUUCAGUCUGGAACUGAUUGUGACAGCGAAGGAACCACACAAGCCACCUGUAUUUACAGAGAAACUACAGAAUACAGGAGUGGCUGAGAGGUUUCCAGUGCGACUGGAAUGCCGGAUUUCAGGUGUGCCUCCACCUCAGAUUUUCUGGAAGAAGGAAAAUGAGUCACUCAUAUACAACACUGACAGAGUGAGCAUGCACCAAGAUAAUCAUGGAUACAUCUGCCUGCUUAUUCAGGGAGCUACAAAAGAAGAUGCUGGUUGGUACACUGUAUCAGCAAAAAAUGAAGCUGGGAUUGUUUCCUGCACAGCAAGACUGGAUGUCUAUACUCAGUGGCAACAACAGUCCCAAACCACUAAGCCAAAGAAAGUGCGUCCCUCAGCCAGCCGGUAUGCAGCACUUUCUGACCAAGGACUAGACAUCAAAGCUGCAUUUCAGCCAGAAGCAAACCCAGGACAUCUGACGUUGCAGUCUGGAUUGGUAGAAAGUGAUGAUCUUUAAGUAUUAAGUACCAGAUAUACCAUUUCCUUUCCAAUUGAAAACACUGAAUGCCAUUGUAUGGAUCAAUGAUAAUCUACGCCACCGUAUGCAAGACAGACACCUCUGUGUGCAAAAGAAUCCAGCCACAUCUGUUUUGUUCAGUAUAACAAAUUAAGAGUCUAUGGAGAGAAAUGCAAUCUGCAUAUACAAAUCACCUUCACUAUAACCAUUUCUAAUUACAUUGUAGAUAAUACUGUUUUGAAUCAUCCUAUUCACAAAUUGAGUGAAAUUUUGCAAUAAAUAUGCUGCACACUUAUCGCUAAGUGCCUUUGCAGUUUGUAAGUGCUAUUAAUGUAUAAAGAAUAGAAGUACACUAAAAUGUAUUAGGAGUGCAUUAUAAUGAUAUUCAGAUGUGCAAUACUGAAUGAGUAAAGCAAGAUGGAAAAGGGAAAGAGAUAAGUGAUGUUUUUGUGUUUAUAAUUGAUUUUCUAGUCUCAAAGGAAAUAGGAUAUGUUAGUUUUGCCUUAAUUGCAUUUGGGUAGGUAAGGUGAUCUUAUAUCAGAAGGCUUUUGACUUUUGCCUGUGGAUGUGGUGCUUAGAUUCAUGUUACUUUUAUAACAGUGAGAUAAAAGGCAAAUGUCAGACCCUCCACAAAAAAUGAUAUGUGAGCUUUUUAAAUGCUCAGUGCUUCAAAAAGCCUCAGUACUUUUUAAAAUAAUAUUGAAAGAUCUGAUUGAGUAGAAUAUGUGAUAGAAAGGAAGAUAAUUAGGAGU